UUUUUCCUCACUCGUCGUUCCUCGGUUGUUGUUUUUCUGCGCACCGUAUUAAAAACAUGUACGUUGGUGCCUUCUUGCAAGCAAUUAUGACAAGCGAGAAAGACGAAACGCCAAACUUUUACACCUGUAACUGUUUUACAACUGACAAUAUUUUCUUGGACGACUACAAGCUACAUGUUCGUUUUGUGUCAGUGCAGCAGUUCAGACUGGACUAUAAACCUCUGCUGGAAAGUCUUGGCUGUGUGACGGAUCAACAGUUUGACAAUGUUCUCACUAAGUGUGUUCAGAUUUCUCAGGAAGUGGAGAGGCGAAGGCACCUUGGCGUGACAUCUGCUGAGAGAGCUGCUGCCAUAAGAGCCGAUUAUCAGCCCCUGCAUCCUCACGUCUACCAUCUACAGGAGUCUUACCUCGCUCCAGAGUUCAGAAGGAUUGUUGAGUUUUGUCGGAGCAGUGAUGCAAGUGAAGAAGGUCUCCUGUCUUUGUUUGAGGAAGAGGCAGUUUCAAGGGUGUAUCGCUUCCCCGUGUUUGAGAGAAACUUCUGUGAUCAGCUGGUGGAGGAGCUUGAACACUUUGAGCAGUCUUCAGCUCCCAAAGGAAGACCCAACACCAUGAACCACUACGGGAUCCUUCUUAACGAGUUGGGCUUUGACAACGACUUCAUCACGCCUCUCAGAGAGCGGUACCUACAUCCUGUCACCUCACUUCUUUUCCCAGACUGUGGGGGGAGCUGUCUGGACAGUCACAGGGCUUUUGUGGUCAAAUAUGACAUGAAUGAAGACUUGGACCUCAGCUAUCACUAUGACAACGCAGAAGUCACGCUGAAUGUUUCUCUGGGCAAGAUCUUCACUGAUGGCAACCUGUACUUUGGCGACAUGAGACAAGUGCCUUUGGAUGAGACUGAGUGUUCAGAGGUUGCACACAGGGUGACUGAGGGCCUCCUUCACCGAGGACAACAAAUGCACGGGGCCUUGCCCAUCUCCUCCGGCCAACGCUGGAACCUCAUUAUCUGGAUGAGGGCAUCGCAGGAACGUAACAAACUUUGCCCCAUGUGCAACAGGAGGCCGACUCUGGUAGAAGGUCAAGGCUUCGCUGACGGCUUCACCAACAAACCGUCUCCACUGCUGAAUGCUUCAUGUGUGCUAACAUAAUAUAUGUACCAGAAGUUCGGGUUUACUUCAUUAGGCAGCAUACCUCAUCAGAGAGACUGUUUAGACUACUAAAGAAGUUCAAAUACUUUUUUUUUUUUUUGCCAAAAAGAGAGAAGUGGUAAUUCACCUAAUUUUUUCAGUGACUGCCUGUGAUCGGGUCGGACAAACAAUAACCAUAAAUUUAUGUACUGCGUUUCUCAUUUGUAUUUCAAAUCAGCAUUAACUGCAGCUGUAGAUGAUUCAAAGUUGCCAUAUUU